GAAAUCUCUGGCAGAUGACCAACUUUUUGUAAACAGUGAGUAUAAUGCCUCUACUGGUCAUGUUCAAAACAAUGAAAUAUAAUAGAUUUAAGUGUGUCAUAAUAACAUUUCCAUUGCUUUAUACAGAAUUUAUAUAUGGGACCAAUUGAUACCAUCAAAUUUUAUUAUUUCAAAUCUUAAUGUACAAUAAUUAAAUAGUUACAUGAUUUUAAGUCAUAUGAUGCAAGGAAGCAAAUAUAUGUACAAUGUAAAAAAAGUGCAUGGUGUUAACAGACAACACAUGGGCACACUUGACAUCUCCUUGGAUGUAAAUUGAUAGGAAUACUUCCUUCAAAGUUAGCAAGUGAAAGAGAGAAUUUCUAAAUAAUCAGGCUUCAUUUCACCGUUACAUGUUUGGAAUCAGUAAUAUGAAUCAGAUUCACUAUAUUUAUUAUUAUUAUCUGGUAUUUUACAACAUCCAUUUGUAAUAUAUUUCUGUGCUUGGUGAUAAAAAUAAUGAAAUCAGUUCUCAUUCAUGAGACACCAUCAACACAUACUGUAUGCUGUAUCAGCUUAGUCAAAAAUUAAUUUGUUAAAUAACAGGCAGAAAUGGUAUCAUGUGAGUCCUUCUCUGUGGACCGACAAGCUGUCAACUCUAGCUAAACUUGCAAGUUCUAUUUGUGUUUGUUGACAUCAAAUGAAAAGCAAGACAGUAACAAAACAACAUUUUCUCUUUUUGUGGUUCCGGGUAUUAGCCUUAAUAGGUCAAUGACAGAAUUGGGUGCAGUACAGUAUCACAAACUGAUACACCAGGCCACUGAGUGCAUGAGACAGGAUAAAUGUACCAGACUAGUACAAGACAAGAUUAUUCUUCCACAUCAGUUUUUAGGCCACAGGGCUGCUGUCCAUUACGUGUGGGUAUGAGGUGGGGCUCCCUUUCCAGAAGGCAAGUCAAUGUGCACACGAUCAAAGAGGGGGAUAAGGAGGAGGCAGGAGGAGGAGCAGCAGCAUGUGUCUGGGGAUGUAAAAGCUGCAGACGUAAAGAAAGAAAAGUCGUGUUUCCUUUUGGAUCCAUUGGCAGGCAGAUUUGUACACACGCUUCUCCUCCUCUUCCUUUAAUCCUUUAUCUCUUCUUUUUCUAACCAGACUCUGCUCUCAUUACUUGACACAAGAGGGCCAGCUGAGACCCCCACAGGCAGCAGAGACGAUAAUGUAAAGGACCACCUGGGUAGAGCACAGAAACAGAGUUCACUUCCUUUAACACGGUGCCAUUAAUCACCCAGUGAGCCACACAGAGAAUACAGUCCUUUAGUCAAUGUCUGAGGAGGUUUUAAAACAAACAUCUAUGUAGCAAAGCAUGUGGAGUAAAAUGCUGUCUCAAAAUUACAGAUUGAAGAUUUUUUUUUAAGUCUGAAAGUGUCUUUAUAACAAAAGGCAUAUUCCCAACAUAGGCCCAGUAAUCAGUGACAAAAUUAGCUGAACAACCACUGCACUGUAUCCCUCCACUUACAAACAUUCAAACAAUUCUCAUUUUUAUCUGUACUCACCAGGCACACCAGCACAAUGAGGAAGGUAAGCUUGAGGUUUUUCAUGCACAUGGCUCGUGCCAGGUUACGACUUGUGGUCUUAAAUGUGACAGACUGAACAGGGAAAGGACAUGACAGUUACAAUUGAGACAAUAAAUGUGGAUAAGCUUGCUACAAUAUCGUCAGACAACUGCGACGUAUACUUUAUAUCAUACAUCAUCAGAGAAGUUGGAUAUAUAGGUGAUAAAACUCACAGAAUCAACCAGAUUUUCCGUCUUGUCAAUCAGUAGCUCCAGUUUCUCUCCUCUUUGAGCGACCAAGUCUGUCAGAGGACACACACAAAAAAACUACAAUGAACUUCUGAGAUACAAAAGCUCAAAUAUCACAAUAUUCAUUUGUGAUUUUUAUUUUCACUUUACAUUAAAUUUUGAUAUUCUGAGGUAAAAACAAACAAACAAAAAAACACUGGACAGAAAUAUUUGCCAUUUUGAAAAAUGUCACAGAAUAAUGAGGUGGUAACUGCUGGAGCAUCAACAUACUGCGAUCAUUUAAUUCCACAUAUUCCUGAUCCAGUUACAUGGACAAUAAGUUGCAUCUUUGUUUGAAAGCCCUGUAUUUAAAAGAGGUCAUUGAGUCAAGCGUUACUGAGCACCACGAGUGAAGUCUUGGUCAGCUAACCUAUGUUGCGGACCAUGAUGCCUUUUAGAUCAUCCACUUGCAUCUGAGUCUCAGUGACCCGAUCUGACCCUCGUGGGUCUGAGUGGUGUUUCUAUAAAGAGAAGUGAAAGUGGAGAAAGAUAAGUGAAAGAUAGAAAUAUGAAGAGGCUUUAAGUGCAUGUCAUGAUUAUGAAAGUAGCAUCUGAGCCAUAUAAGCCUUGAGUUGAAGUUAUAAAACAUACACAGGCUUCAGAGCCUUGUACUCACCAUUUGAGCUGCCAGUGUCGAAGAAAAUUCACUGUUCAUGGCGUAAGGCAGGGCUGUUUGUGCUCGGGACCCAUAUGUUGUUUGGAAGCGCUUCUUAACUUCACUGAGGAAGCUGAACGCCCGAGACCUCUCAAAGUCCUUUACCGCAGAUAGAGUUCAAAAUAAGAAUAAGAAUAACUUUAUUUAUCCUCAAAGGGAAAUUCAAUUGUCUGUAGUCUCAUUUGUCAUGUCUCAAAAAGUCAUCUGCUAUUUAUAGAAGAUCCUGUCACGCUGACACAGAUGAACUAAGAAAAAAAAUCAGCCACUUUUACACUUACAUCAUCCGUGAUACACAGGUAUAUGAUUCUGUCAUGGCAGAUGUAAUGAAACAGAUAGCUAAAAGAGAGAGAAAGAGAAGGUUUACAACGUUAUGUAAAGUACAUGUCUGAAGAUGUAUUUACUACAGGUCAAAUGCAACAGUUAGACUUGAACUCUGACAUGACUCUGGUAUAGUCUGUAACGUCUUUACUGCUAAGAUUUUUGAACCAGGAAACACUGUCUUGUGCCUUUGUGGCAUGUGAUACAACAUCAUGGUUUAAGGCAACUGUUUCAGUUUGAACUUUAAGUCAAGUUGAGCUUAUUACGUAUACUAAUACAAAGAUAUCCCUUAUAAUCUGAGCAAACUAGUAAAUCUUGGCAGGAAAACCCUUUCAUCUUAAUAAGCCUGCAGAUAAAGUGUUUGUUGCAGAAGAAUGUACUGAAACUGUUAUCAUAAGAUUGUUCUUUAUAUGAGGCCAUAUUUUGACUUUGGAAAUAUCAAGUGUACAUACACAUUUUGCACUGUUGGAGGGCUUGCUGACCCAUAUUGUCACAGCACGAAUGGGUUCCUUUUUAUAACCCUAAAGGGGUCAUAGAUACGACCCUAUAAUCUGUGUGUGUAUGUAAGAUAUACCUUCCAUGGCUGUAGGUCAAUUUGUUAUUUUCUGAUGGGAUUUUGGCCAAAAUCUGUUCAGUAACCUCCAGGAAGUUUCCUCCACACCACGCAUGCUUUGCCAGGAUGGUGGUUCCACGAGCCACCACAGCAAACAGGAUUGCCAUAGCAACAGCAGAUGUUUAAGCUGAUAAAACAUGAUAAAAAAAACAAGACGUUACUGUCAAGAUAGCUCUGCUUGACAGGAAUGAAACAAUCUGACAGGGAAUGACUGUAAGGGUACUGCUUGGAAAAUAACAGAACAGUGUUUUACUGAAACGUGGAGGCAGAAAAGGAUGACAGUCGCUGCUCUAGAUGUAAAAACAGCCUUGAAAUCCAUGAUUGAGCACGAGCCGUGAAAACGAGGCCAGAUUAACGGUGACUGUCAAACAGCACGCUAGCUCGGUUGGCUAAUAAUGUUGUUUUCCAGUGUUUACAACUACGAUAGAUAGAAAGGUAACGCUAGCGACAACGUUAAUUUAUACAACGUACCGUUUAAAACAACAUCGAUAUAUAUAUCAGCGAUUUAUAAUGUCUAUUUAAAUACCUUGUUGUAUCAGCGGUGUUCAAAGUAGCUCAUUUGGCACAAAUUCCAACAUCUAAAGAGAUUCCCCCUGCUAGCAAGCUAGCUAAUCCUUUUCGAGUGACUUCUGCUUGGCAAAUCGCACAGACCUUAAGACCGGAAACGAAAUCACUCACCCGCUGGGUAAUGAAGUUCUAUGUAUAUCCCAAACCCCUUUGCAUUCAUCCUUAUUGAACUACAUUUUUCGUAACUUCCUCGUUAUCGGUGUUUUCGUCACAUGUUAUUAUACGUCAUGGUAUGGUAUAAGCCCUUAUAAUUGUCUUGCAGGCAGUUUGACUCGUUGUCUUAACGCCUGUCAGAAAGAAUGUUUUUGACGAAUUUGAUGAAAUGUAGCAAGUCCUUCAGCCAAUUCUUAAAUUCUUCUGUCAACAACUGUGUCAACUGUUCUGUGUUCUUCUGAAAAGCACUUGUGAAUUAUAAACUUUCUUUUCAAGAAUUUAUUUUGUCUUACUUAUUUUUUAUCUGGUACGCCCAUUUGUUUUUACCGCAGUAACAACUUCUGUUUCGAGGGUCUUUUAAAAACUGGAAAACUGAUUUUCAGUUAUUGUGUGGCAAAGCGCUGCCCCCCCCCCCCCCCCCCCCCUUUGCCUGUCAGACAGCGUGAAGGUCUUACUAAGCCCAGGUCCAUAUUGACUUACAGACUGAGAAUGUGAAGCAUGGCCGGUGAAGGCGAGAAGAAACCAGUGCUGGAAAUGGUGAGUUCUCCCACAGUUUGUGCUUGUUAGAACCAAGAGUAUUAUACGUAAGUCAUGUUUAUUCGUAAGACAUAAAUUCAAGGAAGAAAGACACGGUAGCUUUCGACCAUCGCCUAACCCCCACAUGUCGGCAUCGAGCUGUUGAAGGCAGCAACACGUGGAGAUCCAUUUACACGUAAAACUGUCAUCUUUAUUGUAGUCUCUGAAAUGUAAGUCAACAAUUAAAGGCUUUAUGUGAAACUAUGGUGAAGCUUAAGGGUACCUACUCUUUUGUUUUCUCUGUUUUGGUGUUUUUUCCACAUGGGGGCAGCAGCAUCAAACCUCUGCUAUUGAACUUGUUCACCAUAUAUCGGAGAUAAUAAGAAUUGCAUGUAUUUCAUCGCCAAGUUAAUGAGAUCUCCUCUAUUUCAAAAGAAUGACAAUGAGUCCCUUUGAAAAGUAGCUGGAUAUGUGGCGUGUUAAUAACUACUUGCAUUGUCUUGUAGGUCCAGGCAGAUGGUGCUGAUGAGGGCUGUGUGACAUUUGUGCUUCAUGAUGAGGACCAUACACUGGGCAACUCCCUCAGAUACAUGAUUAUGAAGAAGUCAGUGUGAUGUUUUCUCUGUAAAGCUCCAGCCGGAGCAGACUCAUUUCCUUUCGACUCUCUGAUUCCUUCUGGCUGUUUCAAGUAAUCAUGUCCACAAAGGAUGCUCAGCCUGAAGCUAAUUCCUUCACUGAUGUUUUUGCUCUCGAUCUGUUAACGCAGUUGGGAUCAGUUGACAUUGGAAGACUUGUAAUAAUGAUCAUACACCUCCACCCAUUUUAAAGGAAAUGAUGAUAAUCUCAGAUGUUGUUAUCUUUUUUCGGUACACCUUCAGUGCCGAUGUUGAGUUCUGCGGCUACACCAUCACCCACCCCUCAGAGAGCAAGAUCAACUUUCGGAUUCAGACUCGAGGUGAGACGCACUCCUUCGCUCUCAUCAGUUUGACUUUUUCCUUUUUCCCGUAUUCCAGGUUUUUUUGUCUAUUCUCUGUGGAUUUCGAGAGAGUUGACUAUUUUUUUGGCUGCAUAACAACAAACACAGAUUGGAAUCUGGUGAUUUUGAUUCGUUCGCUCACAAACAAGAAAGACUGCUGACUGUUAGUCACCCAUUCGCACAUGCAUCUACUCUUGAUGUGUUGACAGGAAACUAGCUCUUGUCUUGACACAAAAAAACAAUCUGUCACCAGCUCUGCAUAAACUGCCUUCUAAUAACCACCCACAUCACAUGAAAGACCGCGAAAACAGCUUGUUUUUUGUUUUUUAAACCAAGUUUCUGUACGCCUGUGGGUUUUGUCAUCAAGACACAAUUACCAUUGAGGCAGUAGGAAAACCCCUGGCUUCAACUGUGCCCUGAUAUAUCGGGUUGUAUUUCUCUACAUCUCUGUAGUUUAUAUUUACUCCCAUGACCACAGCGUGAAGCCAUGGCCAUAGGGAACAAAACAUAAGAUUAACAAUACUCUUAACUCAAAUGUGGUAUAUGUUGCAUCAUUUCUCCACUAGAAGGUCAUGAUGAGCUCGUCAAACAAAUGUGUUUACAAUCAGUACUUUGGUUAAUGAAUGUAGUACGGAUCAUGAAUAUACUGCUAAUAAUAAGACACUGGGGAAAAUAAGUUACGCUUCAUUUUCAAUUCAGAACUGUUUUAAAGCGCACUUAAAAUAAACACAAAGGUUUCCAAAGUGCUGUGCAGUAAAAUGAAAAUAAUGAAACAUAAGAAAAAGACAAAAAUACUUAAGAUAAAAGACCCAAUAAAACACAGUAAAUAAGUAGACUGUUCACCCCAGAUAAGAUAUCUGUGUACGUAAAAUCAACAACUUACAUUGUGUGAAAAUUCCAAGUGUGGAGGUGUGUUUGAAGAAGAGUUUCAAAGUUCAACAGUGAGGAGGCCUAUCUAAUAUGCAGCGGGAGUUCAUUUUACAAUUUUGAAGCUACAACUGAAGACACUCAAUCCCUCUGAGCUUCAGCCUUGUUUUGGGAACUCUCAACAGCGGCUGGUCAGCUGACCUAAGAGAUCGGCGGGGUGUGUAGGGGUGCAGAAGCUCAGAGAGGUGCGACGGGGCAAGACCAUUCAGAGAUUUAAAUGUAAAUAAAAGAAUUUUAAAAUGAAUUCUUAAAUGGACAGGUAGCCAGCGGAGUGAAGCUAAAAUUGGAGAAAUAUACUAAGACACAUGUAGGGCCUGAAAUUAAACUUUUUUGUAACUUUUUAAUGAUAUGAGUGCUUAUUUGACAAAAGUGUAUGUCAGCAAAGUGAAUCGCACAUGAAUUCUUAAUUCAAGAUCAGCAGUGUCAAAACUUGUGCCGAUGGUUUGGAUUAUACAGUGUUUUUGUAUGCGUGUUUGUGACUCAGUGAUCAAGAGAAAAGGACUCUAUUUAAAGAUAAAUUGCAGCUGUUCAGAACUCUAAACUGCAUCUUUUCUCUUGGUCUAGUGUUCCCCUAGGAGCCCUCAUCAUGUUUGCUGCCAUCAUCCGGGGAUGAUACAAGUGUUAUACUGAACUUUGCAAAGCUUAACCAGAUGUUUUAGGAGUAAAAAGAAAUCCCAGGGUGCUGGAGAAUCAUGUCAGUUGUCCUGAUGUAUCUAUUGGUCUGUUUCAGGGGGACUUCCGGCCACAGAGCCGCUGCGGAGGGGCCUGAACGAGCUUAACGAUGUUUGUCAGCAUGUUCUCAACACCUUUCAGGUAAAACUGUGGGUCUGUGUGUUUGUUUUCCUCAUCUCAGGUUUCUCGAAAGCAGACUUCCAGCUGUAGUGGUGUCAUCGAUCUGUGAUUUAAGCUUUUCUAAUGGUUCAUAAAGAAAAACAAUCAGUUUUUAAGGCUGCUUGCAGUAAACUUCACAACUGUAUAUAGAUUAUAUUUCUCCUGAUACAAUAACCUUAGUUUAUGUUAUAUGAUUUAUGUUAUGAUGUGAUUGACAAAACUGAGUUCUCAAUGUGAUUUUUGAGGGUACAAGUGCUCCCAUUUAUGGUCAAUCUUUAAAGAAGUGCCUGCUUUAUCAAACUGUGAUUUAUGAUGCUUUUACUUUGCUUUUUCAUUAUUUUACACUUUUUACUAAACCUGUUUUAGUUGUUUUAUUGUCUGUUUUGAUGGGUGUGGAGAACACACAUGCUCUCACGAGGAGGAGAAAUAGAGAUCUUCCAGUUCUUUAUUGAUAGCAGAUGGGAGUCUUCUACAGAUGUGAAUGAAAAAUGAUCUUUGAAGGCCAUUCAGGUAUAAAUAUAGUGAAAAAGCUGAAUAAUUUCUGUCUGUUAUCUAGGGCUGAAAUCAACCAAAGAAAUUCUUGGUCUACUAAAACCUUAAAAUUUUCAACUGCUGAUCAACUAAUACUGGGGACGACGCGGCUCGGUGGAGUGCGGCUCGGUAGGGUGAAAAUAUACUUGUAUCAGCACAAGAAGGCAAUAAAACACAAAUAUUAUAUUCAGCAAACCACCAGGCGUUGAUUAAAGUGGACACUCUUCAAUCUUCCUGUCUCCAGACGGUCUCCAAUGGGUUGGGCGAAUCCAAAAUGGUGAAAACAGGGGCGAUGUUCUGAAAACACCCCCAUUAGCACUUUGUACGUUCUUCCUGAUGAAAUUCACCAUAGACUGUAAAUUGACAGGGGAAAAAAAUCGAGUCGACCAAUCAGAAUUUUGGUCGACUCAGCACAUAUCAACCAGUCGACAUGGACUUUACAGCCCUACUGUUAUCUAAGAAAGAAUCUCAGACAGUUAGACUGUUUCAUUUGAGCUUUGAGUAAAUUACUGUUAAAACAGAAUAAACACAGAUUAUCUUCUAGUCUAGCUCAGAACUUGAAACCACAAUCAUGGGGAAAACCACUGACUUCACAGCUGUCCUGAAGACGAUCAUGGGCAGCCUCCACCGUGAGUCACAGAAGGUCAUCGCUGAAAGGAUCAACUGUUCGCAGAGUGGCGUAAUGAAAAAUAUUACUGGAAAGUUGACUGGGAGGGAAAAGUGAGGGAAACAAAGAUACACAUGCAACAGGGAUGACUGUAGCCUUGAGAGGGUUGUCAAGAAAAAUUGAUGGAAGAAUUUAAAAGAGUUUCAAAAGGAGAGGACUGAGGCGUCAAGAGCAACUGAGCACAGACGUCAGAUCUUAGCCCGGAUAUUUGUCUUACCUGGGCUGAGGUGACAAAGAACUGGUCUGUUGCUCAGUGGUCCUCAAGUCCUGUUUUCAGACAAAAGUCAAUUUUAGUUUUAUUUGGAAAUUGAGGUCCCAGAGCGAAGUGUUUAAAGUCUAGUGUCUAGUCUCGUCGUCUGCCGGUGUUGGUACAUUGUGUCUUAUCAAGUCCAAAGUCAGCGCAGCUGUCCACCAGGAGAUGCACACACAACUAUCAAAUACUUUGCAAGCUGUGAUAGUACAGCACUCCAUUGCCCUGCCUGCUCACCUUACCUGAACAUUUGGGGAAUUGUCGAGAGGCAGAUGAGACACACCUGCCCCAAAAAUACAGAUGAGCUGAAGGCUGCUCCUUAAGCAAACUUGUGGUUCAGGAACCCCUCAGCAGUGCCUCCUUCACACCACAUUGCUCAGAAGGUCUUAUUCACUGCUGGCCUCAUAAACAUUGUAAAAAUCCUGUUUUUAUCACUCUUUUCAUCACUUUCAAAUGUUGUUAUAAAUCCCCAAAGAUGCAUUAAUAUAGCUUUAGAAAUGUGCUCAUGAUGCAUUACUAGAAGUGGGUUCAUAUAAAGUGUUGACAGUUUUUUUUUACUGCUAUGACCAAGCGUUUUUCUGAUUUACAAAAGCAUCUAAGCAGUCCCACUGACUUCCUAUCAAAUAUGAUUAAUGUCAUACUAGUACAAAGUAACUACUAAUGUUUUAGUCAUCUGCUAACAGAGCUUUUUCAGAAAAUUAGAGAUUCAACCUGAAAUAUUAAGCCUGACACAUGCAUUUUGGUCUUAUGGGUCUUUCAUGAACUCUGCCAUAUAAAUGUGCUGAGAGGAAAAACACUUUAAAUUAAGUGUGUUUGAUGACUCAAUAAAUAUCAAGUUCAGGUGGAUCACUUUCCAGCCCAAAUGGGGCUAGUUUAGAUACUGGCAUCCAAAUGUCCACAUUUUCUGUUGAUAAAGCACCAAAAGUAAGCUGAUUCUUGGCAGAAGCAAAGGCUUGGGUAAUAAGCAAGGCAAGUCAUCACAGGCAUACUAUUUUGUCAGCUGUCAGCGGCUUUCACCAAGCUAAAAAGUCCCACGGGUAAGAAAAGCAAGCAACCAUAAUUUCCACACGAGGAUUUUAUUUUCAUGUGGGACACAGGAAGAACCUUGGAUUCUCUGCUUGGCUGAAAAUAUGAGCCCUCUGCUAAGAGGAAAAAUCAUCCAGCAUUGAUUUGAUUUACGCUUCCCACACUGUCGCAGCUCUACUCCUAACUACGUCCCUUUUUCUUUUUCCAGGCGAGAGUUGGCGAAUUCAAAGACGGGCAAGAGCAACCCAUGGAAUGAAGAGCAUGACACACAAGUGCUAAUGAAUCUGUCAAGACCCAGCUUCCCAACACAAGUUGUAGAAAACAGAUUUUGCAUAUAGAUGAGUGGGGAAACAUUUAUCUUGUUGAAUCAGUUCCCAUCCAAACAUUUGUACAGUUUUUUUAUUACGUUGUCUUUAUGAUAAAUGUGUAUGAUAAAUGUGUAUGAGUCCUGUGUUGAUCAGUCUGGAAGAGUAAGUAAAAGACAUUGAACUUGGACAGUAAGACUUUCAUUUCCUUCUCCCUUUUUAAUUUCAUGGAAAUGCUCCUGGACACAAAGCCAUUAUUCCCAUAACAACUCGUAUAACUUUGUUUGAAGGGUGUCCAGAGCUUAAGACACCGGAUCACUCUCAUCUGUCAUCCUACACAGUGUAAAAAGAGUGAGCAGUAAUCUAGAAAGCCCUUAUUAGCAGGGGAAUGUGCUGUGAGGGACUUUAUACAGUGCCAGAAAGACAGACUGGAAAUAUGAGGGGAGUCAAGUGUAAAUAAUGAGGGUCAAGUUAUUUGAGGUCAGUCAUCUUCCUCUGUCAGUCACAUGUUCCUGCUUGGCUGCGAUGGUGAUUAUGGAGCACAGUUUGGGGAGGAAAUGGCCUCUUACCUAGAGUCUAAUUUUUACAGGGAACAGAAUAUGCCUAACGGGUAUAAGGAUCCAAUCAAGAGGGAAUUAGACUAAUAUUUAUCUAUCAAACUGGUCAAUUAUUGUUAGCUGGGGAGCUAACUAAUGAACACACAGAAAAGUCAGAUUGUCCUUUUAGUACAGUGACAUGUAUCCAGAGCUUGUUUACAUUGGCUGUGUUAGUAAUCUGAGUCUGGAAGAGGGAAUUUGUUAUCUCUCAAAUAACAUCAGGCCUGAGCACAAACAGAAAAAAAUUAAUGAGAAGAAAAUGAUUUAUUUACAGUGGCGCAGAAACCAAAGUCCCGCUGUUAUUUACCAGGAAUCAUUUUGAGUAUUGCACCAUGCCUGAUGUGUUCCUCUUAUUAAUGUCCCAUUGCAAUAAAGCUCAGAGUUCAGUUUGUGGGUGAGGAA